ACGUCGAUAUUGAGACAUACGUUCAUGAUAAAACUGAAGCCAGACAUGUGCUCCUUGGCAAAUAACCGAGUUUCAUGAGUGGGUAAUACCCUCGGGAAAGAAGUUGAUGCCAACCAUGUAUCAACUCCACGCAACUCUAUUACCCCUCGUUCUAACUCUAUUUUUUAUCCUGUCAGUCGAGGUCGCAGACGUGAGUGCACCACCACGAGAACAAGUGAAGAGGGCCUUCCAGACAGUGGGGGAAUUCCUAAAGGAUGAUGCGGGUAGUAUUUGGUUAGCAAGCGUGUCACAGCAUCAAGAUGAACCCCUAACUACUGGAGAAUUAAUGCGAAUAAUAAUAAAUUCAGUGAGAUCCAAUGGUGGUGUCGGUAAAGCCGCGGGAAUUAUCUCUCUCGCCCUGGAGCACCAGAAAACGGGUGGAAAAACUAAUGAAUCAUUGAUGGUUGAGCCUGAGGGAUUAGAGGAAUUAAUCGAAACUAUCGCAGACAGGGAGGACGUAAUUUGCCUCUAUCGAGCGCGUCUCAAAGGGAUGACUAGGAAAGUGCAGAAUUGGAAGAAAACCCUGAAGAGCAGUGUCUACCUUGAUUAUACCUCAUAUCUCGCCUUAGAUACGGGUAAUCGAUAUAUCUUAUGUCUGAAAAGAAAUGAAUUCUCGACAGAUGCAAAUACAACUGCAACAACCGAAGAAACUGAAACGACAGAAAGGAUAAGCUUUAAUCCAACGACUGAAAUCCCCGGGAAAACUUCGUCAAUUCUUCUUGAAAUACUUUUUCAAGAUAUUUUAAUAAAUUCGCGAAAUAGAACACUGAGAUCUCCUGAGGAAACAGAUAUAAAUAAAUCAUUAAAUAAUGAAGGCGGGCAAACUUUGAGGACGGAUUCACGGAAUUCUAAUGAAGAUUGUCGUAAUUCGAAUUCUUGUAAUUCUCCAAUUUCCUCUGAUUCAUUUGGAUUUCCCUUCAAGCCCAUUGAAUCCCUGUCAACAGAUAAAUCCCGAGACGCGGAUGAGGAAGUGUCGAAGGAGAUUGCGACUAGAUCUAGGCCGUUCACUCGAGAACGUCAUAAAUCAAUAAAGGAAAAAAUUAAUGGAGAUAUUCUCUGCAGUCGAGAGAUGCACAGAUUGCUCUGUCAUCACCAUGAGAAUUAUCUUGGAGACAAUAACUUUAGAGAUUACCGCAAUAAAUCUACUGUGGAUGUCUCAAACUCCGGAGAAUCAGCCACUCGGAGAGAUCCAUCGCAUGAAUCACAUAAUUAUGUCUUAUACAUUUGCCCAUUCGCCAGAAUUUGUAACGGGAUAAAAAUUUCGGAGAGGUCGCAAGAAUUAAUGAAUAUUCCUCAGCAUUUGCUGAGGAAUAUGGAUAAUCAGGUGAGAUUAUUGAAUCCACCAGUAGAACAUCUUCGAUAUUUACGCGAUGGAAAUGGAAUUCUGAAGAAUUUACAUGAUAAUGGGAUUUUAAAGCGCUUGGGGCAUUCCAAACACAUGAAUACGUAUUUCGUACUGAGGAGAAAUGGUGAGGAUGAUAGGGAGAAUUCGAAACCAUUGGGUUUUGGAGAUCAUCAGAAUGUUAUCUCGAUGCGACAGCCUGUCAGACCUUCGUCAGAAUUUGUUGCCGGUCAGUUUCUCGGAGGUGGGUAUAAGUUUCUGUUUCCGUUUCUGGACCCGCAGAAUCUUCGGAAAGCCCGGGCUCUCUGUUUCAAACAGAUUGACACGACAAGGGACCGGGAAAAUGACAAUCCCGAGGGUCGAGGGAAAGAGAAUCCGCUGAGUCUCAAAAUUAUCGUCGAUAAACCGUCGAGAGAGCCCCUGAAACUGUCAAUUUACACUGCGCUUGAUUCACAAAUUGAGGUUUAUCACGGUAACGAUCGUUAUGGGAAUGACAUUAACCACUGGCAAUUAAAAAAGUUUAGACAUGCUUACGAAAGUUCCCAGGGGGGGGAGGUGGGUUCAUUAAUUAGAGAAGUUGCGGAACGGAAUUAUGGAAAUAAUUUUGAUGCAUUCCUGAAUUUAUUGACUUCGGAUGAUUAA